GGAGAUUCUCAACUCACAGAAAGCGCUUUCUAUGAUGUUGACAACAUCCAAAAUUAAUCAAUUUCGAAGAAUAACGCAAAUAAACACUUCCGUUAUUGAAACUACUUUAUAAAAAAAGGAUUUAUUUCUUAAUACGUGAAAAGUUCGUAAAGAACGGACAAGUCUGAAAGCUUGAACAGAACUGGAGGCGAGCACUAGUCAACUACAAACUUCGUACGGAUAGAAGAAACGUUUGUGACUCCCAAUUGCGCCAAGACAUUACCAAGUAUUUUAGUUUUGACUAGAAAUUGAGAAACAAACAACAUGGAAGGAAAGUCAUCGCCCGUUCAAAAGUCAGUGUUUACACAAGUAAUUCAAGUCCUUAAGUAUACGGCAAUCAACUUGGGAUUACCUUUCUUAAAUGGCAUUAUGCUUGGUUUCGGUGAGAUUUUUGCUCAUGCGUUUAUUCAUUCUUUGGGAUGGGCUCCUGGUCACACACGCAUUUAUUCUAUUCAACGACAGCAGUAUAUUCAAGCAUAAACGAAAUAUGUAUCCAAUUGCUCACACUUGGCUCAAUUGUCUUACUUGUAUCUCCUCUACGGAAGCAUUUUAUUCUAAGAGAAAAAUAUAGAAUUGGUUUGCGUACCUGUUGACGAUAGAAAUGCUUUCCUGUGUAUGAAUACAUGGUCAAUAAUAGUCAGCAAUGCUGCUAACUGAGUUGCUUCGAAAAGUGUCACGAAAUUUACGAAAUGAACGAUGAAGGCGGAUUUUUAGUUUCUUUUCUAAAAGUGAUUGAACGUAUAGCUCAUUUUUACCCAUGCAUUCAACGCGCUUUUCGUUGCCCUUUAUGAGUACUUAUAAUACACUAGAAAUUCUUGUAUAAAAGACAUUUAAAAUACCCAAUGGCUGCUUCUAUUGUAUGAUCUACUAUUGUUUUUACCAAACUUACUCAUUGCAUCUCAAAUGAUUGUCAUCGGUUGUGAUUUCACGUCUUUCUGGCAAAAUCUUCAUCUUCUUUCUUCCUAACAGCAAAGAGGCCAUACUCAAUACUUCAUUACACUCGGUGAGGACUAAAUUGAGGUAGCUUGUAAAUUUUCCAACAACUUCAUAUCAAUUGAUUCUUGGCCCUCUUUCCUCAACAUUCGUUACUCACAAUAUGUUUUUAAACAGAAAUCCUUCCGACUCUCACCUAAACUUACUUCACAGAUCCACAGCAUCAUAAAGCAUAUAAAAAUUCAAUUUUUACUUUUUGGAAAACAUCAAUAAUAAAGUCAACCAUAUUCAC